AUGGAGACUCCUAGCUGGCUGCCGAGUUUCCUGCCUGGCACUGCCAUUGACGACCUGGUCGGAGUCUGGCACGCUCACCGGACGUCGCUUAUCCUCUGCGCAUUCUUCGUGCUCGUUUCGAUUCGGAUCCUGCUGUACCGACACGAUGAAAAGGUGGAACUCAUCACCCUCAAGCAUAUUUAUCAUGAAAACGAGCCACGUACGGCCUCGGCGCAAUCCAUCAGCACCCCCCCCGAAAAGACAACCGCCACCAAAUCCAACGGCCCACGAAGAAUAAAGGGUGGCCUUGCCAAGAAACCUGAAAGAGAGCAUGUCGACCUGACGCGUCCGAUCAAGCUCGUGGUCUUCUUCUCAUCCGUUACGACCAAGACCGACAAGAUUGCUCGCGAGUACCUGACCAGUCUAGACAAGGCCGCCCAAGAGCUGUCCCUGGAGACAAACCGCCAGUUCCAAAACCCCGAGCUGCACGAUCUCUCGGAAAUUGAUUUUGAAGACUUUUUUGUUUCACCCCCAAAGUCUCCCGACAAUGCCUGCUUAUUUUACCUCUUCCUCAUCCCGAGCUACAACAUCGACACCAUCAACGACACCCUGCUGCAACACAUGGAAGAGACUCACCAUGACUUCCGCAUCGACACGGCGCCUCUUGCGUCUCUGUUUGGAUAUUCGGUCUUUGGCUUCGGGGACAAGGAGGGCUGGCCCAACGAGGCAGAGGGGUUCUGCUUCCAGGCAAAGGAACUGGACAAGUGGAUGUCAAAGCUGACCGGGCGAAAACGAGCCUAUCCCGUCGGCAUGGGCGACAUGACGGACGACCACGCACAGCGGUUCGCUGAAUGGGCAGCCGGUAUCCGAGAGGUCGUCUGCCACUUCGCAAGAAAUGCAAAUCUGGGUGAGGGCGUCCGCGGAAGCGGAGACGCUGUUGAGAGCGACGAAGAAGACGGGGCGGAUGAGGAUGAUGAAGAGGGGCUCGAGGACGGCCAGAGCAGUGAGGAGCAGACAACAUCCAGGGCAUUGGAUGACGUUGAAGACCUGGGCAAGAUGCUGCGCACGACCAAAGACGGUGAAAACACCGGGAAUCCAAGGGCCCCGCUGGCUGUCGACUUCACCACAUCCGGCUCGUCGACAAAGAAGAAGACUCAGGCCCAGCCCCCGGUCGUCAAGGAGAUGGUGGCAAAGAACUCUCCCACAUACGCAGCUCUGACAAAGCAGGGCUACUCAAUUGUUGGGUCCCACUCCGGCGUCAAGAUCUGCCGCUGGACCAAGUCGGCGCUGCGAGGACGCGGCAGCUGCUACAAGUAUUCGCUGUACGGAAUCAACUCGCAUCAGUGCAUGGAAACAACACCGUCUCUGUCCUGCUCCAACAAAUGCGUCUUCUGCUGGAGGCACGGCACGAACCCAGUCGGGACGACGUGGCGCUGGGUCGUGGACCCGCCUGAGAUGAUCUUCGAGGGCGUCAAGGAGAACCACUACAAGAAGAUCAAGAUGAUGCGCGGGGUGCCCGGCGUCCGCGCAGAGAGAUUUGCCGAGGCCUUGAGGAUACGGCACUGCGCGCUAUCGCUGGUGGGGGAGCCCAUCUUCUACCCGCACAUCAACGAGUUUCUGGCUCUCUUGCAUGCCGAACGAAUCUCGUCGUUUCUCGUCUGCAAUGCGCAGCAUCCAGAUCAGCUGGCCGCGCUCAAGGCCGUCACGCAGCUGUACGUGUCCAUCGACGCGUCCAAUCGGGAGUCUCUCCGCAAGAUCGACAGGCCGCUUCACCGAGACUUCUGGGAACGGUUUCAGAGGUGCCUCGAUAUCCUGCGAGAAAAGCGCUUCCGGCACCGCACCGUGUUCCGCCUGACCCUCGUCAAGGGAUUCAACGUGGAGGAUGAGGCCGAGGGAUACGCCCAGCUGGUGGAGCGGGGCCUGCCUUGCUUCGUCGAGGUCAAGGGUGUCACGUACUGCGGCACUUCGACGUCGAGCAACGCCGGGCUGAGCAUGUCCAACGUGCCCUUUUACUGGGAGGUGUGCGAGUUCGUCAAGGCCUUGGAAAAGCGGCUCGUCGCCAAGGGCCUCAAGUACGGAAUUGCCGCUGAACACGCCCAUAGCUGCUGCAUCCUCCUGGCCAGCGAGCGGUUCAAGGUAGAUGGGAGAUGGCACACUCACAUUGACUACAAAAGAUUCUUCGAGCUGCUCGAGGAAAGGGGCCCGGAUGGCGAGUGGACGCCGGAAGACUACAUGGGGGAGCCGACGCCGGAGUGGGCUCUGUGGGGGAACGGCGGCUUUGAUCCUCGCGACCAAAGAGUGGAUCGCAAGGGGCGAGAGAUUGAGAACACGGUGGUACGCGAGCAGCCGCCGGGCGAGGUAUGGUAG